AUGGCUGAAUCAUACGCUCAGCUCCAGGUUCCUCACCUUCGAGGCAAACAACAAGUCGCCUGCGUUCCGAGACCAGAGCUUGCAGCUGACGAAGUCCUCAUCCACCAACGCGCUGCUGGUCUCAACGGACUCGACAAGAAGCAGCGUGACUUGGGUAUCCUUGUCCAAAGCUGGCCUCAUGUGCUUGGUGUUGAAGGUGCGGGCGUCAUCGCCUCGGUCGGCUCUGGCGUCAAGAGCCUGCAGGUUGGCGAUGAGGUGAUGGCUUUGCAAGGCGGCCGAUCGCAUGGCGAGCCCUGGGGCGGUGCUUUUCAGGAGUAUGUCGUGGUGCCGGCAAAAUAUGCGGCGAAGAAGCCAGAGAGUAUCAGUUUUGAGGAGGCUGCUUCCCUUCCCGUUUGCUACAUCACCGCUGUCGUCGCACUCUAUGACGGCCUCCGUAUACCGCUGCCAUUUAUUCCCAACACCUCGGUUGCUGACCUUAAGAUCCCCAAAUCGAUCCUCAUCCUUGGCGGCGCUUCUUCAACCGGUGCACAUGCGAUUCAGCUUCUCCGCCUGGCAGAUCCAGGAAUCCCAAUCUAUACGACCGCCUCCACCAAGCAUCACACCCAUCUCAUCUCCCUCGGCGCCACGGCCGCAUUUGACUACAUGUCCCCGAGCCUGGUCAGCGACGUUCUCAACGCCACCUCUGACGGACAAGGCGUCGACAUCGUUCUCGACUGCGUCGCUUCCGCUCUCUGGCAACGAGAUAUCUUCGACACUCUUCAUCCGGAUCAGUCGAAGUUGUAUGCGGCGAUUGUGACCGGUAAGGAGAUCGGAGUGCCGGAUGGCGUGACGAAGAAGAUGGUGAGUGGUUGGGCGAUCACGUCUGUCGCAGGCGGAGAUAGUAUUAUGGCGGCUUUGACGGAGCUGAUGGAAAACGGGAGGUAUAGGAUGCCACUGCCGGUUCGAGUUGUGGGCAAAGGGCUCCUGGAGAUUGAUGCGGCGGUCGAUCGGGUGGACAAAGCGAGCGGGGAGAAGUUCGUCGUAGUGUUGUAA